AUGUCCGCUGUCAUCGAACCCACCCUUGCCCCCACCACUCCCCCGGAAACCACCCCGUCCGCCGCGCCCUCGACGCCUGCCGAACCGAGCUCAUCCGAACCUGCCCCGCCCAGCAGCAGCGAACCCGCCCCGCCCAACUCUAGCUCUUCCAGCGCCAACCCAGCACCGAGCAGUGAACCCGGCACCAACCCGUCCGCUGUCGAGCCAGGCCAAUCGUCGCAGCCUCCGGCCGCAUCGUCGCAGCCUGUCAACCCGGGCGCAAGUGACACUGGCGGCGGCGUUCAAACCACCGCGCCGCCCGGCGCGUCGCAGCCUGCCCUUCCUUCUGGCAGCGGUGUCCAGUCGGGUUCCCCCACCAUGACCAACGGCCAAUCUGCUGUUAUUGUCACAGUCACCAAGACCGACGCCAACGGCAACAUUCAGACGGCCAUUGAGACCCGGCCCAUUAGCAGCGGCUCCAAGUCGAAUGUUGGUCCAAUUGUGGGUGGUGUUGUCGGCGGCGUCGGUGGUGCGAUCGUCAUCGCCGUUCUCGUCUGGCUUCUCUUCCGCCGCCGCAAGAGGAACUACCGCGACGACUUUGACGACAUGAUGUUUGACCCUGCUCGUGCGCAGAACCAUGCUCCCAUUGACCUUGCGGACACGGCCGAUACGCCGCACGUCGACCCAUACAAGUACACCCCCGUCGAGGGAGUCGCGGCUACUUCCACGGGCCAUCACAACCAGGCACAGUACGGCAACUACAAUGCGUACGACAACUAUGGCAACCAGCCCCAGAUGGCGCAGGCCAGCUACGGCCACACGACUGUGUCUGGCACCUCGGAGCCUGGCUACGCCAACGCUGCAGGUGUCGGUGCAGGUGUCGCAUCGGGUCUGUCGGGCGCCACUUCUUCGUCUGGGACGUCGGCCGGCUACGCUGGUAUGGGGUCUGGCUACCCUGCUGGCAAUGCCCCGUCUGGCUACCCGAUGGCAGUCCCCACCGGCAGCGGCCCCUCGGACAUGUCGCACAUGUCUCCCAAGCAGCGCGAGGCGUACGAGGACAGCCAGCGUCUCGCAGUCCAGAACCAGGGCGUACCGGAAGCUGUCACUGUCCACCAAGACGGUGGCGCCUUCACCGAGGUGCAGACGUCGGGCGCCGAGAUUCCACCGACCUACGACUCCAUCCGCCGGUGA